AUGGCUUCCCAAGAACAGGAAGUUCAUCCAGACACAAUUACUCCCAUAGAUGUCGAACUAGCGCCCAUAACAACUCAUCCCAGCAAAACAGAUGAUCCAUUCCUAGUCGCAUUUGCAGAGCCAUUCGAUGCGGAGAAUCCAAAGGACUGGCGCACUGGUCGCAAAUGGGCCGUCACUGAUGUGCUCUCCGCGACGGGCUUUAAUCGCAUCAUGGUAUCGACCAUCAUAGCACCAGCCCUUGGAACUAUCGCCAAGGAAUUCGAUAUGAAUUCUGCUGAGUCGGCGAUGGCUCUUUCAAUCUAUGCUUUGGCGACUGCAUUCGGUCCACUGGCUAUCGGGCCCUUGUCUGAGGUAUACGGCCGUGGUCCCAUUCUCCAUGCGUCGAAUAUCUGGUUCUUGGUUUGGAAUAUUGCAUGUGGGUUUGCGAAUAGCAAGGGAAUGUUGAUCGCUUCUCGAUUUAUGGCUGGAUUCGGUGCUAGUGCAAUCUAUGCGUUGGCGAAUGGCGUUUUGGGGGAUGUGUGGCGACCGGAGCAGCGUGGUAGUUCGCUUGGUGUUUACCUGCUUAUUCCUCUACUAGGCGCAGCAGUUGGUCCAAUUAUUGGCGGUUUUAUGGCAGAACGCACCACCUGGAGAUGGAUGUUCUGGUCGACUUCGAUCUUCCAAGCCGUAAUGAUCAUCGUCUCAUUUACGGCCUUCCAGGAGACAUAUGAGUCCCUGAUUCUCCGCCGUCGGGCUGAGCGUAUUCGACGCGAAACAGGUGAUCCUCGAUACUACACUGUUGAUGAGCGGAUCAACGCGAACAAAUCAGCACUCAGAGUCAUAGGUCGAGCACUGAGUCGACCGGUCCGACUGUUGAUCUUCCAUCCCAUUGUCCAGAUAUCCUCACUUAUUUCCGCAUUCAACUAUGGUAUUCUGUACAUUGUACUCUCAACCUUCUCAGAUCUAUGGACCAACAAUUAUCACGAAUCAGUCGAGAUCAGUGGAUUGCAUUACAUCGCUGUUGCUCUGGGUGAAAUUGCGGGCAGUCAACUAUGUGCGAAAAUGAUGGACAACUUAUACCACCGACUAAAAGCCCGAGCAAAUGGGGAGCAUACUCCAGAACUCCGUGUACCUUCAGUCUUCCCUGGUACUAUUCUCGGAUCGAUGGGUCUGUUCUUAUACGGAUGGGCUACUCAUUAUCGUUUACAUUGGGCGGUUGUUGACAUUGGAGUUUUUAUCACAAUGCUUGGGCUACAGAUGACGGGUAUGCCACUCCAGGCAUACGUUAUGGAAGCCUAUCCAGAGUACACUGGCAGUGCUGGUGCUGCACAACAGUUUAUGCGCAGUCUUACUGCCUUCUCGUUCCCGUUGUUUGCACCAAAAAUGUAUGCCACACUUGGUUAUGGGUGGGGAAACAGUACCCUGGCGUUCCUUGGGUUAUUUGUUGGACUUCCAGCUCCGUGGCUUCUUUGGCACUAUGGUGCAUUGCUUAGAGGAAAGACUAAGAGACUUUCUUAG